AUGCAGCCAAACGCACAGCAGGUCCACGAUGACCUCGCAUCUCUCUUUUCGCGCAACCUGACCUUCAACCCCGAGCUCCGUGCUGCGGCAGCUAAGGACUCGCCCCGGCAGGAGCCCGCGCCUCCAGCCCAAUCUCCACCGAUCGUUUACUCCAUUUCGCAGCACUAUCACCACUCUGCUCAUGUUGCGAGACCAGUCGCCGCGGAGCCAGCAGCGGAGCAAGUCACGGAGCAACAGGGCGCAUCGCCAGCGCAGGCUGAACGUCCAUCGUCAGAGCCCCCACAGGGCACGGCGCCUUCGUCUGAAACCAUCCUCCGCAACUUUGGCAUAGACGCCACUACUUUGACCCCUGCACAGGUCCAGCUCUUUCGCAUUGCCGACGAGGCCCAGAAGCUUCGUCUGAUUGAGCUCUGGAGCAUCUGUCCCCCCAGCAGAGGAGAGAGUAUCCACUCACUGGCAUGGAACAGCACAACCCUUGAACAGGAGGAGCACUUUGCUCGCCUGCGCCAUGAACAGCAGCAACAGGAUCAAGCAAUGAGCCUGGACGGCACUCCGGUACAGACCGGCGACGGAAGAUGGACCCACGAGGCGCGCGACACGGAGCCCUACAUGGUGUCGGGCUACGAGGAGCUCAUGCGGCGAGAGACUGAGCGCAAUGUCGCUGAUACCAUGCCUAGGAGCGUGUACAGCCAUUUCGGAACGACCGUGGGCGGUCCCAGCUACACGCCAGCCACUGACCCUGUUUAUCUCGGCCCAGACUACGUUCGACAGCAGCAGCAGAUGGAUAUGGCGACGCAGUACGGCGCUUUCGAGCAGUCACGCGUGGCGGGUGACAUGGACGCGAUGGAUGUCAUGUAA